AUGGAUUUAUCAACAGCAAGACUUGAUACCAUCGAGGAUUUCACAGCUGAUAGAAGUAAUAGCGAUUUUGAUAUGUCAAGCGAAGCACUUCGGAAGCAAAUCUCAGAAUUAACUGAACAACUGAAUGAAAGUAAAACAGCGGAGAAACGUGCGAUCAAUGAACGAGAGAAGUACUUACAAAUGUACAAUCGUACAAAUGAACGUUUUGUUCAAUUUGAACGAAAACAACUAGAUCAAAUGCGUCGAAUAUUAACUAUUCUUACACCAAAUCAACAUAAGACUCUUGCGAUCAAUCAGGAUGAAUAUCAACGUCCCCGAAGAGCUUUUACUAGUCCUUCGACAUCGAUCUUGUUACCAUCGACAUUAGACGGAUCGGGAGAUGAAUCGAAUAUAAGGAUGCAUUUGACUAAGACUGAAAGUGAAUGGAAUGAUUUACUUGCACAGAUAUCGAAAAUUAUGGAAUUUUCGGAAAAAUUCGCGGACAAAUACGCUCAAAAGAGCGAAGAGAAUACAAAACUACGUCUAUUGAAUAAUCAAAAACAAGAUGAAAAUGUGAAAUUACUCUUCGAUCUAUCUGUUGCCAAAGCUGAAUACGAAAAAGAACAACACAAACGUGCACAAUACGAACUACAAUUGAACGAAGCGAACAAAGUCAUGGAACAAGAUCGCUCGAAACGUCUACAAAAAUUGAGAAAUUACGCAUCCUUAGCCGACGACGAAGGCGAUAUUCUGUUAUCAAGUUUAAUGAAGAAAGCGGAAAAGAAUGAUAUUGAUUUUCGUGAGAUCAAGCUGCAGUAUGAAAAUGUCUUCAUUGAGCAAGUCAAACAAAUAAAGAAACUUGUCAAAGAACGUGAAAUCUCACAUUUAUACAUUCAACGAUUGCAAGCCGAAAAUGUUCUUCUCGCAUCGCGUACAACUGAAGAUGAAACAGUGAAAUUGUUAACUCAAUCGUCACUAUCACCGCAGUCUUAUGAAGAAGCUUGCAGUUUGAUCAUUCGAUUACGUGAGCAAAUUAUCGAACAAAUUAAGCAACAAGAUAGGUUUCGAAGUGAUCUUCAACAGCUACAACAACAUCACAAAACGGACAUGCGUGAACGCGAACAGAUCGAAGAAUUACUCAAUCGAGACUUAGCUGCAGCGAAAGAUGAAAUACUUGUGCUGCAAAGUAUUCGAACUGAGUACGAUCGAAUCAUAGGAUUCAAAAAAGAUCUGGAAGUACAGCUGGAGGACUGUGCAAAUGAAUUGCGAACGACAAAAACAGUGGCCAAUUCAUUAACAAAUCAACUGAAAGAAAAAAUGGAACAAAUUAGUGCAGAGAAGGAUAAGCUUAACGAGGAUAAUGCAGGACUACGUGUUCAAUUACAAAAGCUGAAGAUCGAUUUUGAAAACAGCGAAUCUGUGCAACAUGAUUUCGUUAAACUUUCUCAAGCUCUACAAGUUCAAUUAGAAGAAUUAAGAAAUUCAGAAAAUGAGUUGCGCUGGCAACCGGAAGAAGAUUAUACGGAGUGCCAACGUUGUCGUCAACAAUUCUCGGUCACUUGGAGAAAACAUCAUUGUCGUCACUGCGGCAAAGUUUUAUGUAAAGAUUGCACGAAUAAGACCAUCUAUACUGGUCCUAACAAUCGACCAUCACGUGUUUGUGAUGUUUGCUACACUUUAUUGGAUAAAUCUGUUCAACCGUAUUUUCUUAGUGGUGUACCGAAAUAUUGA